UAUUUGUGUCUGUGAUAGUUUCGUUUAUCACAUGACGUGUGAGUGUGUGAAGAGCGUAUCAGAAGAGCAGAGGAGGAAGAGAAUAGUGAAGAAGAAAGUGUAGUGGCGUGGAAAUGUCGAAGAAAGGAGGAAGUGGCGCUUCGUUUCAAAAGGACGUGCCAUGGCGAGCGUCUUCUUCUACUGCGAAACCCUUCCCCAAAAUCCACCACUCUCCACUUCUUCGCGUUUCACAAACACCCUUUACCGAUUACGCCGUCUCCGUCAUGAGGCAUCCAGACCCUAUAGGGAGUGGAUUGGGUGAUGAGGCCAUAGUGGAAGCAGCUGGACCCGACUGCCUCGUACCUGGUCAGAAAAUGCCCCUCCAAUUACUUGGCCUUCAGGUCUGGCCAAUCCAUGUUGACCUGAAGUUUUUGGAACCAGUUGGGCGAGAACUUAAGAUGCUUGGAAAGUUCAUGGAUGAUGCCGUUGAACUAAUGAACAAAUCAUUCAUAGAGCGUUGAUGAUACGUGUGUUGCGAAGAAAUGAAAUAGUUGCAAUUUGAAUUUUUUUAAGGAAUUAGAAGUAUAGACACUGUAACAUUUGGCUGAUUUUGUAU